AUGCACUUCUCCAAGUCUCUGACGCUGCUGGCAGCCCUGACCAGCAGUGCCGUUGCUCGCCACGGUCACAAUGCUCUUCAUGAAGGCCAUCUCCGUCGCGGAGAUACCGGCAGCACAGUCACUCUGACUACCACCAACACCGUCUAUGUCUGCCCGUGUGAUUCGUCGACCUCAACCAGUAUUGCGUCAAUCUCCACGCCGAUCCCCGAGACUACUUCGACCUCGACUGCUGUCUUGACUACCUCUACUUCCACUUCGACUUCCACUUCUACAUCGACCUCGAUCUCCACUUCGAUCUCAUCUUCAACCUCGAUUGAGCUCUCUACUUCGACUGUGGCUUCAUCGACCUCCACUACCGCUGCUGCUUCCACCACUUCCUCCGGCGCCAGUGCCGACUGGACCUCUGUCCCCUCCAGCGGCGAGUACUGCACCACCGGCUUCGGUGGUGUCACCAAAUCUUCCGGCUCCGGUGAUACUUACGUCGGCAACGUCGGCAGCCCCUACGGCACCAACAUCCAGGAGGUAUCCGCCUCCGAAGCCAGCAGCUACAAGUACGUCGUGCAAUUCCAGGGCUCCAACACCGAGGCCUGGAAGGUCGUGAUCUGGAACAAGAUCGGCCCUGAUGGCAAGAUGGACGGCUGGUACGGCAAGGCCUGCCACAGCUUCACUCUCGCGGCCGGUGCGACCAAGUACUACGCCUUCGACACCGACUCCCAGGGCGGCUGGACUGCUGCCAAGGCCUCCAUCCCCACCAACGCCUAUGGUAGCUACGCUUCCACCUGGGGUGAAUUUGACUUCGGGUCAACCGCCAACGAUGGCUGGUCAGGUUUUGACGUUUCUGCUAUUCAAGCCCAGAAAGCCGAUCUCACCGUCCAGGGUAUGAAAAUUUGCAGUGCCCUCUCCGACGGUACUUGCUCUUCCAUCACUAAGGGUGCCGGUACCGUUGACAACGCUUAUACUUCUGCUCUCGCCGAUAAGGGCGGUAUUGGUGGUAACCUAGUUGCCGGUCCGGUCCGUCUUGCCGUUACCCUGGACUACUGCGGUUAA